GACCCUAAGAGAGGUUGUCAUCUGCGCAGACUAAAGGAGAGCAUUCUAAUGUAUAUUAUGAGCAAAAAAGGAACCAGAAAACAACUGGCAAACACUUUGACGAAAUCUCUUCAAAGUAUUUACACAAAUCGCAAUUUUGGCAGACAUUUUCUGACGGAACUGGUUUUAUACUGGUAAAGUUUUUUGGGGAGGAGAGGAAGACCAACAGAGGACAUUUUCUCAGAGGAGAUACGUUUUUAAAACUGUCUCUGACUUUUAUUUGUGGUGGAACAAGUUGCUGAACCAGUUUCUUGUUGGAACAUUCUGUGGAGGACCAUCUUAGUGGAACUAGUAUCCUGAGGGGAUAUCCUUUCUGUCUCUCCCAGGGACAUGAGGGCGGAUUGGGGAGCCCAGGGUGGGGAAGUGCGCGUCACCACCAGUAAGUCCGUCUGCAUUCGAAAUUGCAACCUAUUCCCUAUGUAGUACACUUGUUUUAUGGGCAAAAGUAGCAUACGUAGGGAGUAGGAUGCCAUUUCAGACAUUCCCUCUGUCAGUGUUAAAAUACAUUCAAAAUCAAUUUUGUGCUUGCUCAACAGACCUGGGUUCAAAUACUAUUUCAAAAAUCUCAAUUACUUUCACAUACAUUUUGAAGUAUGUAUUCAGAUAUAUUUUAUUUGACAAGACAAGUAGUUUAAUAUUUUUUAUUAUUUGGAAAUACACUUGGAAAGUAUAUGAAAAACUGUAAUACACUAACUCUAAGACACUCCCAUGCAUUUAACCCAGGUAUUUCAAAAUAGUAUUUGAAAUAAGUAUUUCAACAUACUAGUUGGUUUUGACAAAUAACCAUUCAAAUACUCAAAUAAAAGUACUUGUUUUGGGCUGUGUACACAGAAAUUAUUUGAAAUACCAGAUAUUCAAAUACACACGUAUUUGAAGCCAGGUCUUUUGCUCGCAACCUAAUAAUAAUAAAGUUUCCUUUUUAAAAGCCAUUUUUCUAAUGUUUGUUAUAGUAAUGUACAUGAAUUCUAGUCCUGAAAUCAAGUCAAACAUAGUCAAACAUUUCCUCCCCCUACUAAAAUGGAGGUCGGAAUUAAUUCAAAGGAGUGUUGUAGCGCUGCGCAUGGCCCUACAGACAAUGUGCCUUUUAAAAGGCUAUUUCCCUGACAUUCUACAACGUGCCUUUUAAUGAUUCCGACCGGAGGCAAUGAAAAUAGGGAUGUUUAUGUGUUUUCUGGUAUGCAUCUACAUCAACAAGAGUGCAAUUUGUCACAGAUACAGUAAAAGAAAAUUGGUUUGAUGGGGAAACACCCCCAUUACCUCAUUUAGCUGCCACAAAUUAGGGGAGGGGAGAUAUACACCUUAAUUUAGGUAACUAUAUGGAUUUUCUAUUAGCAUCACAACACUCCAAACUUGUGGGGAGUUUUGAAAAGAGAAAGGGAGCUGAAAGGUUGAAUUCUGCCACAAUAGUCACUCUAUAAUAGGAUAUUUGCAAAUUCUAGUCUCCUGUGACAAACUUGGUUCUGGGUCAAGAUAGGAAAUCAUAUUUUGGUUCUUCAUCAAAAUGUUAAUAAGCAAAUGCAUACAUAACCACAUUGGGACUCAUGUCAUUGUCUCUUUAACUAAACAUGGGUGCCUGUUUUUCUUUGUCUCCUGUCAUUGGCCCCGAAUUACCUGUCUGGUGGGAACACUGGAGCUCCAUCAGACCUCCAGCUUUGCCAGCUGAACUCCACGUCCGACUCGGACCUAAUGAAGACUUGGGGAACAGCCAACCGGGCCCCCCCUCCCUUCAAACCCGACAUGCUGUCCCCCCCAGCCUCCAGGGUGGAGCUCCUUGCCUCAGCCAAGGUGAAGGAGCGUACACAGAAUGUCACAGAGAAGGUCACACAGGUUCUAUCUCUGGGUGCUGACGUCCUACCGGAGUACAAAAUCAAGGCCCCAGUCACCCACGCAUGGACCAUGCUGCACUACAGCCCUGUCAAAGCGGCGUGGGACUGGGUCAUCCUCCUCCUGGUCCUCUACACAGCCCUCUUCACCCCCUACUCGGCCGCCUUCCUAUUGGAUGAGCGUGGGGACUCGCUGCGACGGCGUUGCGGCUAUACCUGCAAUCCACUAAACGUGGUGGACCUCAUGGUGGAUGUGCUGUUCAUCGUGGAUAUCGGGAUCAACUUUCGCACAACGUUCGUCAACCCCAACGACGAGGUGGUGACCCAGCCGUGGAAGAUCGCUGUGCAUUACCUCAAGGGGUGGUUUGCCAUCGACCUGGUGGCCGCCCUACCCUUCGACCUGCUUAUCUUCCGCUCAGGGUCUGACGAGAUGGCCACCUUGAUUGGCCUGCUGAAAACAGCGCGGCUGCUUCGGUUGGUUCGUGUGGCGCGGAAGCUCGACCGCUACUCGGAGUACGGGGCAGCUGUCCUCUUCCUGCUCAUGUGCACCUUUGUGCUCAUCGCCCAUUGGCUGGCCUGUAUCUGGUACGCUGUUGGCUACGUGGAGCGGCCCUACACUGAGACAGGUUGGCUGGACAACCUGGCUGAGCAGCUGGGCAAGGCGUACAACGCAAGUGAACCUGGCUCGGGUCCGUCCGCUAAGGACUAUUACAUCACUGCACUCUACUUUACCUUCAGCAGCUUGACCAGUGUGGGCUUUGGGAACGUCUCCCCCAACACCAACUCAGAGAAGCUCUUCUCCAUCUGUGUUAUGGUUAUUGGCUCUCUCAUGUACGCCAGCAUCUUUGGAAACGUGUCGGCCAUCAUCCAGCGCCUAUACUCAGGGACGACGCGCUACCACACCCAGAUGCUGCGGGUCAAGGAGUUUAUCCGCUUCCACCAGAUCCCCAGCGGGCUUCGCAAUCGCCUGGAGGAGUACUUCCAGCACGCCUGGUCCUACACCAAUGGCAUUGACAUGAAUGCAGUGCUGAAGGGUUUUCCAGAGUGCUUGCAGGCUGAUAUAUGUCUGCACCUGAACCGCAGUCUGCUGCAAAACUGCAAGGCGUUCCGGGGGGGCAGCAAGGCCUGUCUGCGGGCUCUGGCAAUGUGCUUCAAGACUGUGCAUGCCCCACCAGGGGAUACACUCAUCCACUCUGGAGACAUCCUCAACUCUCUCUUCUUCAUCACUCGCGGUACCAUCCAGGUCACCCAUGAUGAUGUUGUGGUGGCCAUACUGGGGAAGAAUGACAUCUUUGGGGAGCCUAUCCACAUGUAUGCAGAGCCAGGCAAGUCCAACUCUGACGUGCGCGCCAUCACUUACUGUGACCUGCACCGGAUUCAGAGGGAUGACCUGCUCGAAGUUCUAGACAUUUAUCCAGGCUUUGCCGACAACUUUUGGGCAAACUUGGAGUUCACCUUUGACCUACGAGACGCUGACCAGGUCCCACCAAUACUGUUGGCUGAUGAUUCUGGUGAUGAUUGUGGAUACAGUCGUAGUAAGCCACGACACAGGGGACACUCCCUGGACUGUCGCAACGGUCCUGACGGCAUGGACCAGGACGACCCGUACCCCUACCGCCAACGCCAUUUGGCCCCACAGCCCCACUGGGAAGAGGGCUGCAGCUGUGAGUCGCCUUGCUCCCAGUCCAGCGAGGACCUAAACAAGCCCCUAACCCAAGGGGGUAAGGUGGAGCUGUACCCUCCGGACGACGAUUGGCUGGAAUACUCCCCCUCAGUGGUGCGGCUGAAGCCCCCUAGUGGCUCCACAGUGGGCAGAGAGGCCCCCAUGGACAGGGCUCAACCAGCCACCUCUAACCUCUCACCGAACAUGUCUGGGUAUGUUCAAUACUGGCCAGAGAGGCAGUCGGUCCAGUACUCCAACAGGCAGUGGCGCUCCUCUUCGGUUCGGACCUCAUACCACCCGCCCCCGUUCACAGAGGAGAGGCCCAGUGAGCUGGAGUCCCGACUGGAACUACUACAGUCACAGCUUAACAGACUGGAGAUUCAAAUGACUGCCGAUAUCAACGUCAUCCUGCAGCUGCUCCAAAGGCAGAUAACGCCGGUACCGCCCGCUUACAGCACUGUGUCAGCCAUAGACUCACCUGGCCUAUAUGGGACGGGAGCGCCAGUGUUGCACACCAUGUACCAGAUCCCACCCAUACAGAUGGACAACCAAGCAUCCACGCAGAGCUCUGCCCAGCCUGACCUCAAAUUACCCCUGAAAUCCCAGGAGUCGCUGUCCAGCGGUAUCCAUCUGACUGUAGAGUCCGACGACACCAUGUCCGUCACCCCAGAGAUGGAGCCGACCGUGUCACUCUCCUCCCAGCCGACGGUCAAACGGUCACUGUCUCUCAUGGAAACAUCCAGACUAAGUGGCAGCCUCCGCUUUCCCUCAUUGCCCGGGAACCUGGACGCCUCAGGGCAGGUGGAGAUCCAGAAACAUCUCUCAGAUCCUUUGCUUUCUGUGACCUAAGACCCCUGUCCCUAGUUCCCCAAACCUGGGAUCCUACAGACUGCUUCCACUCAUAUACAGAUUGCAAGAUAGUAGAAAAACAUGUCUUUCCAGGCCCUGCCCAUUAACAGCCCCUACCCCCUAUGUACUGAGAUCGGAGUAGGGGAUGAGCUUUAACAGCCGUUACAAAGUCCUGCCAACUUUAGCCCCCACUAGCCAAAAAAUCUAUGAAAUUGAUGGGGACAUGGCAUGCGGAACUGUACGAAAAAGGCCAAAUCAUGUAACGUCAAACCAAAUAAUUUGUUGAUUACAGUUGUUUUGGCCAUGUUUAUACAAGUACUGAAUGCCCCCAUCCCUUUCAUAGAUUUCUUUGCUAGCGUCGGCUAGGGUUAGCUGAAGAUUUUAAUGGCUGUUCAGAGAAAACCGAACAAUGAAUACGAUUCUCAUGGCUCAUAAAAUACUUUCAGGGUGAAAAACCAUCUAACAUUAAGUUGGAAAACACUGAACUUCCCCUUUAAGAUGAAGUGCCUAGGGGAGGGGGUUGAGGUUGUUUAUGGAAAGGCUGAAUUCCAUGUCACCCCCUUCCCCUUGUCCUUCCAUUUGCGCAUUCACGCGCUCCUCCGACAUAUGCAAAUGUCCCACAGCAAAGGGAGUGAAAAUUAGUGGGUGUAGGGGCUAAUUAGACCCUCCAAUAGCCACUUCAAAUCAAAUCAAAUGUAUUUGUCACAUAUGUGUUUAGCAGAUGUUAUUGUGGGUGUAGCAAAAUGCUUGUUUCUAGCUCCAACAGUGCAGUAAUAUCUAAUAAUAUACACAAUCUAAAGUAAAGGAAUUACGACUAAAUAAAUAUUUGGACGAGCAACAUCAGAGCAGGAUAGACUA